ACAGGGAGUCAGUAUAUCCGACCUUGGGACCCCUUCCCACCCUGCCAGCUGCUGUGACAGCCAGGAUCCUUCCCCGCUGGUGGGGCCUGCACCCCCCUGUUACCUGCACUGCUUUCCCAGAAGACCGGAAUUGGACCGCACAGAAUCCAGGCAAGCAGCUGGGGCAGUGCUGCUCUGAGCUGGACCUUGUCUGAUGGCUUCCUCCAACCCUCCUCCACAGGCUGCCAUAGGAGAUCCACUGGUUCCUGGAGGAGGCCUAGGCCCCUCCCCAGAGGCGGAGGACGACCCUGGCGAGGCCUUUGAGUUUGAGGACAGUGAUGAUGAGGACACCAGCGCUGGCCUGGGUAUCCUAGGCGUUGCUCCAGAGAAGGACGCAGACGCCCCACUGAUCCAGUUGGACUCUGCCCCCGUCACUGACCCAGACCCAGCGGCCACACUGCCCCAGACACAGUAAGUGAAC